AUGACAGGUUUGGGAAGCAAGUUGUUCUGCAAGGUGGGGAAGUUCUGCGAACACAUCCCCGUGUUCCUUAACACCUUCCUGGUGUUCUCGAUCACCGGGGAGGUGAGCUACCUGGUGCUGGUGGGGGCUCCACUGGAGGCGGAGCAAAAGGAGACCGUGUGGUCCAGCUGGUGGAAGGCGCUGCACCUGCUGGGCCAGUAUUUCAUGCUGGGGAACAUCUGCUGGAACGCCUUUCUCUUCCUGAAAACCAGUCCCAGCAUCAAGGGGGUGUUCCUAGGAGGAGAUGGACUGGGACAGGGCUGGAGGUAUUGUUACACCUGUGAGACACACACCCCUCCACGCUGCUCCCACUGCUACGACUGCAAGGUCUGCGUCCUGCGGCGGGAUCACCACUGCGUCUUCUUCGGCCAGUGCGUCGGCUUCCGCAACUACCGCUACUUCCUCAGCUGCUUGCUCUUCAUGUGGUCGGGGCUCCUCUACGCCAUGGUGAUGAAUGCGGAGGUCUUCAUAGUCAUCCUGAAGGAGGGCGUGACUCUGCACAGCAUCCUGCUGCUGCUCGUACCCUGGAUCAUGCUGGUUUCAGGCCAGGUCUCGGCGCGGGCCUUCGCCUUUGCCUUCAUCGCUGACACGUGUGUGGUUGGUUUCCUGCUUGUCUCCGCCUUCUUCUUCUUCCACCUAUUCCUGCUGUUUCGAGGUCAGACCACCAGGGAGUGGUACUCGUCUCGCCGCCCGUACAACCUGGGUCUCCUCUGCAACCUGAGGCACAUGUUAGGCCUUCGCUGGUACAUCUGCUGGCUCUCCCCGCUCAUCGCAUCACCGCUCCCUGGAGACGGGAUUACCUUCCAGGUCACAGGAUCCCUGGAACCCUCCCAGUAGCAUGCAGAGGUCUGAAAAGACCAGGAGUCUUUGGUUUAUUGUUGAUGGUUAACGCUGACAAAAGCAGCAGCAAGAGCGUUUGCUUAUUUUAAGAGGAGCUAGCUUUGGAUGGGGGGAUGCUUCUGGGGUUUGUGGUUUGAAGUUCAUUGUCCGCCUUUUAGCUGAGAAGGAGAAUCGGGUUGACAAGAAGAUAAUCUGUGCACUGGUUGAGGCUCGCCUCAUAAAAAAUGACAGUUCUUUUACGCCACUGAGCAAAUGUUCUGAUUAGCAUUGCAGCGAGGACGAUCGGUAAUGUCUUAACAGUAAAUGUAGAAUAUGAACUCUUUGUUUGCAGCCUUUUAGAAAAAUGGGGUGUUGUAGUUAUAAUAAGAGGGGAUUUUUUCCUAUAAAAAAAAGCACCCUGAAGCACUCUGGAAAAAAAUAAUCUUGCUCAGAUUAUUAUUUUUGCACUUUUCAGGAUUAAAACUGAGCUUAUUUGCCCCGUUCUGUCCAGAUAAACUGAAAUGUUUUUUACUAGGGGUUGCACAUAGAAACCGGAUGGUGAUCUGAAUCAUUUUGGAAUGAUCAGUCCUGACAAACUCUCAUUUUUUUCUGAUCUGUUAACACCAGGCUGUACUAACUACACCAAUCUUCAGUGUAGAGGCUAUCACUAAGUGCUGAAGGACCAGAGGCUUAUUCAGUAUCAUUAAGGUAUUUAAAGCAGAGGGAAACAUUGACCUAUAAGAAGAUGUUUAGAAGGAACUAAGUUGCCUUGGUAUGCUAAAAGCUGUGGUUUAAUUGGGCUAUGAGAGAGAGCUUCACCCUAAAGCAUGAAGGCUUCUGAUUGUCACAGGAUAUGUUGGAUGUAGAGCCUUCAGCUGCCUUUUGAAAUCCUAGUUAACAAUUAUGUUCUCUGUGAAAUAUGCACAGAGAAGGAUGUGUACAAAUAUUAAUGUUAAUUGUGCGAAUCGCUUAUAUAUGAUCUGUAAUCCUUUUGUCCUUUGUUAGAACUAAUGCUGUUUUUUUUUGACUGCCUGUCACAUGUAAACAUGUAGACAAGAUAUCAGGAAAUAUUUAAUAAAUUGUUCAUAUGAGAAACCUACUGUGCUAGAAGCAGCAAGGAAAGAACGAUGGUUAAAAACGGCUUUACAAGAGUUUCUCUGCAUCCCGUGGUUAGAUGUCAUCUCUGCUAUGAUGCUUGGUAUGAAAAAUGUAUAGGCGGUCGCUAUAUGAAUGCUAUAAAAAUAUUUGUAGUUAAAGUUCUAACAGAGAAGUCUGAAUUGGCCAAACUGUCCGAUCAGAAAUCAACCUUGAGCUCCGGUGCCUCUGGUUUUCCCAUUUAUUUAUAAACCUGUUGUGAGCCUCAUGUUUCAGUUUACAGUUCCAUGUGAUGUUAAGUUGCCUGACGAAUGCAGUAUUUAAAAUGAUUUUAUCAAAGAUAUAUAAACAAAUGAGUAUUUUUCAUAUUUUGUAACACUAUUGUGUCGCCAUUCUGUCACCUACUGCAACAGCAAACUCACCUUCAUCCCAUCGUUCCUUUGCAGGAUGACAGUUCUUAUCUCAAUAUUCAUCUCGAUCAGUGUCUUUUUUUGUUUCAUUUUCUCCAGGUGUUCUUGAGGCUGAUAAACACCAUUUUCAAAGUGUUCGGUGUCAGCGUCUCAUCUUUUUGCCUUUAAGGCGCUAACAUGUCUUACUGCACUCAAUGCCAGCUUUAAUUUUAUUAUCUCUAUACUUAGUUUAUCAACUUCUCCUUGCCUUAAAGUGGAUCAAUAAAUUAAAAGCCUUUGUUUUGAUCGGUUCUUUUAAUGGUUGUUGGAUUUUCAAUCUGUUAGGUUUUUGUAAUUUUCUGCUAUUUUCUCUGUCGGGUUUUGCUGUUUGAAUGUGCAUUAUUGAACUAUUUGAAUUGAAGUAUUUUGCCUUUUUAAUUGUUUUGUAUUGCAACUCCUGUUUUGUAAUAUUUACUUCAAAAAUGUUGGUCGGAACAGUUUUUGUUUUCUUUUUCAGAAUCCAAUGUUUGAUUAAAACUACAGAAAUCA